GUCAUCUCGCUGUUGUCCGCUUCUCUGUAGCCCAUAUGUCAAAGUCUUUGUGCCGUUAGCAUCUUAGCAUCUAGCGAGGAAGAAAACACAGAUAGCAGCUCUGCUAGCUGCCACUCGUCCCCGCCGGACCUCUGCCAGUGAGCUGGAUGAUGUGUGCUGAUGGAGAUGGAGGCUCCUGAGUAUUUGGACCUGGAUGAGAUUGACUUCUCUGACGACGCUGUGUAUUCUGUCAACAUUCCCGAAUUAUCCAGGCGGAAUGAUGCUCAGACUGAGGAGAGACUCGCCCCGUCCUGCAUCGGCUGGAGCCGUGGGGUGUCCUCUUACGGUGGCGGAGGGGGGAUCAAACCCACGGGUCUGGCUGAGGUCCACAGCAAGUUCCGUCCGGUGAAGCGGGUCUCGCCCCUCAAACACCAGCCCGAGACGCCCGAGUCGGACCCGGACGGGAAGGUCCCAGGCCAGGAGGCCGGAGUCGGGGAGGCGGCUAAAGACAAGCCUCCUCCGUGCGAGGGGGCGGGGGGCAAGGUGAAGGUUGUGGAGGGAGGCGCAGGGGGAGCGGUGUUUGGGGAUCUGGAGCACUACGACCUGGACAUGGACGAGAUCCUGGACGUCCCCUACAUCAAGUCCAGCCAGCACCCGUCCACGCUGCCUCGCCCCCCUCCCGCACGGAGCAUCCUGCCGGGAGGCACCCUGGAGAGGAACCACCGAGCCAAAACCUCCUCUUUGGCGCACGGCGAGCCCUCCGGCGCCUCCCAGACGCCGUCAUGUCUUCUGUCUCCUCACCUGAGGAAGUCCACGUCCAUGGACCCUGAUGUCCUCCACCGCCCACCAGCAGCCUACCAGCAGGAGGCGCUUACCUCCUCACUCCUCAGCUGCUCCUCGUCCAUGUCCUCCUUCUCUGACGGAGGGAUGGGUCCAGACAAGCUGCUGUCUGCGAGGGUCUACCCUGAGGCGCAGAUCCAGAGGGCGGGCGUGGAGGCCCCAGGGGGCUCCGUGCUGACGUUCCCGCUGCUGGGGGGCGGCUCGGCCAGGCCCCCGGCCCCGGGCGUGAGGGCUCUGAGCGGAGGAUCGGAUGCGGACGAGGAGAGCAAGAAGAAGCAGAACAUCAUCAACAUCGUGAGGGAGGGCCAGAUCUCCCUCCUGCCUCACCUGGCCGCCGACAACCUGGCGCUGAUCCGGGACCAGGACGGGAACAACCUGCUGCACGUGUCGGCCUCCCAAGGUCACGCCGAGUGUCUGCAGCACCUCACCUCCCUCAUGGGCGAGGACGGCCUCAACGAGCGCAACGCUCAGCAGCUCACGCCCGCCGGCCUCGGCGUCAAGAACGGACACCUGGAGUGCGUGAGGUGGAUGGUGAGCGAGACGGAGGCCAUCGCCGAGCUCAGCUGCACCCGGGAACAUCCCAGCCUCAUCCACUACGCCGCACGCUACGGACAGGAGAAGGUGCUGCUGUGGUUGCUGCAGUUCAUGCAGGAGCAGGCCAUCUCCCUGGAUGAGGUGGACCACAACGGGAACACGGGCGUGCACGUGGCGGCGCAGUAUGGUCACCUGACAUGCAUACAGACCCUGGUGGAGUACGGCUCCAACGUGACGGUCCACAACCAGCAGGGGGAGCGCCCGUCCCAGGUGGCGGAGCGUCAGGGUCACAGCACGUGCGCCCGCUACCUGGUGGUGGUGGAGACGUGCAUGUCGCUGGCCUCGCAGGUGGUCAAACUCACCAAGCAGCUGAGCGAGCAGGCGGCGGAGAAGCUGAUGCUCCAGAAGCAACUCCACAGACUGGACCAGUCACCCGGAGCGCCCCCCAGUGGGCAUCCGCCCCCCCUGGAGGCACGGCCGGAGAUGACGGCCGAGGGGACGCCCGGCGACGGCCACUGGGUGCUCCGUCAGGGAGGGGCGGGGCCGGACUCGGCGCCGCGCCAGCUGACGGGUAAGGAGGGCCCCGAAUGCUCCAGGCCUCCUCUGGCGGUAGGGGCGGCCAGCAGGGACGGCCCCCGUCGGAACGCCCUGGCGGAGAAGCGGGAGCUAAAGCUGGCCCGGCUCAAGCAGAUCAUGCAGCGCUCGCUCAGCGAGUCCGACUCCGACGCGUACCCGCCGGAGGAGGCGAAGAAGCACCUAGCCCCGCCCACUCAUCCCACGCGACCCGAUAGGCCGACCCAGCUGCCGAUCGCAGACGAGGAGCCCGCGUCAAAGCACCUGCAGCUCGUGAUGAGGAAGCACCUCCCCUCCUCCGCGGACAAGAAGACCGCCUUUAGCCCCUCCCCCACCUCCAGCGACCCCGAGGUCGCAGACGCCAGGACGCCAGACACCCCGGGCGAGGCAGACUGCGGCCCCAAAGUGGCCACCAGCCCCAAAAGCGCCCUAAAGUCCCCGUCGUCCCGCAGGAAGACGUCCCACAACCUGAAACUGAGGGUGACCUUUGACGAGCACGUGCAUCAGAGCCAGGAGGCGGAGCCUAGCAGAGGGAAGGAGAAGACGCCCGCAGGAAGCUCGGAGAGCAAGCGCCCUUUCGGGGCCUUCCGCUCCAUCAUGGAGAGCCUGAGUGGGAACGCCAACCACAACAACAGCAACUCUCCCGCCAAGAGGGCGGAGCCCAGGAGCAGCCCGGCGGGGGGCGGGGCUGCCAAGGCCAAGACCAGAAGCGGGAACGUGUGACCCCCACAUGUGGCCACGUGAUCCGUCGCUAUAGCAACGUCAUAUUUAUCAUAUUUAUGCACAACUUUAUUGGUAUUUAAAUGAGCACACUUUGGGACGAGGCUGUCAUGUGACCUGCGCUCAGGCGGCAGCUGAUUCUUCCCCACGGAAUAUUAAACCUUUUCUACCUUUCUCAA